AUGGCUCGUAGGACGCGAAUGCCAGUACCGAUCCGAAUAGCCAUUUUCUUGAUGGUCGUUAUUGUCUGCUACGUAUGCUAUAAAAUCAUACACUUUAUUAAUGUUAACAGCGACUCUGUAUCGAUAAAGAGAGUGUACGAUGGACAAAGCCGCUCUGAUAUCUUGCCAGUUUCUCCAAAUGACAAACAAAAUCGAGGAGACAUGUACGUGGUUGAUGAAAACUACAAGUACAUGGAAAACGAAAAACUGCAUCGGUUAGAUUCACAAUCACAAGAUGUGACUGCUGAUAAUAAAGAAUCGUUCACAGAUUCUGAUUCGGACCAGUAUUCAGAUGUUGAUUCCAAGGACCCGCAAAGACUCCGGUACAUAUCCACGGUUCCAGAAUCGCCGUUUGAAGUCCAGAAAUGUCCUGUGUGCUUUGGGUCAUCGCUUUGUCACCGAAUUGGCAGUGGGGAUGCCAAGUUUGACCUAUCUGUGAAGCAGACGUCUACAAAUCAGAAAUUGUACCCAGGAUUAUACAAGCACGUGAAGGUGACCGGGAAAAGGCUUGGGACCAAUGCCGAGUUUCAGAAACUUGAUAAUUUUAUCUGUGUGAAUACGAGUCAGGAGGUCAACUGUGACGUGGGAGACGCUGUUGUUAUGACUUAUCUUGCCAGUGAUGAAGCGUUCACGGUGCCACAUUUUAGAAAUGAACUAUGGAAGGUAGCUCACACGUCCAAAGCAGAUCUCAGUGCUACAGUGUGUGCAACUGACAGGUUUAUUGAUGAAUUAAAAGAAUUAUAUAAUAAAGACAGGAAGGGAAUUUUAAACGAAGAGGAACGAGCACGGUUGAUGACAUCACUGAUUCUCAAUCCCGAAGGUCUUUUGCUGAAGUUCUUCUUGGAAACAGGAUACGAAGAAGACAUCGCUUGGCCUUUCCCACAAUACAUCGGGGAAUGUGGACGGGUGGUCAUUACAGAGCAUGCUGGGAAACCAUUGGUGCAGUUCCUCAAUGCAUCAUGGGAGCAAAGGGUUGCCCUAUCACUACAGUUGUUUGAUAUGGUUGACACUUUUCUCAAGGGAAGCUCUGAUUGGUUGGUUUUGUUUGGAGAUUUCCGCUUCAGUAAUUUUGCAGUGACGGACACUGGUAGAGUAGUGGUGACUAAUUUGAAAGACAUUCUGAUCGUAGAUAAACAGGAAACAUUAAAAGGCAAGUUGAUUUUUGUAUAUCUUCAAAAGUUAGUAAAUCAUACAUAG